UGUCUCUCUCUCUUUGUCUCUCUCUAUCGCUCGCUUUCAAUCUUUAAAUACAUUUGCAUUAAAGAACAGCGACAAAGACAAAUCUUCAUGACUUGAGCUGCGAGAGUCGUCCCCAAACUCACGACGAUGAGCUUCUUUGGGAAACGGAAGAACUUACACACUGGACCUCCAGUUCCACCCAAAAGAGAAGAUGACGAUGCAGAGUUCAGGUGGCCACAGGACGAGUUUGAUGAUGAGGAGGGUAACAUGUAUGAAGCACCUCCCUGUGAACGUCCGCCUGUGAAAGUCCCACAGAGAAAAGAGGAGGAGGAUGUUUAUCUGGACAGGACGUCCAGUCCUGCUGUUCAACAGAGGAAGGCUGUUCCUCCACCCAGGAUGGGAAAACCCUCGAUACCUCCACAACGUCCUGACGGUUUCUCCUACGAAUCCAACACCAGGAAACCACCGGAGAUAGACAGAAAUGAGAAGCCAGGGAGAGCCAAGAUGAUGCCUCAUCCACAAGUCCGCUCUGUUCCUGCUCCACCUCCUGAAUCCAACACAGAGGAAGAUGUUUACCUGGAUCCAAAUGAAGAGCAGGAGGACGAUGACGACCUGUAUUUAGAGCCAGCAGCAGCUUGUGCUCCGGUCCCACGUGGGCCGAAGAUGAUGAUGCAUCCAUCUCCCAUGGCAGCGCUUGUACCGUCUUCCAUACCCACGAUGAAGCCUCCUGUUCCCAGAGCAAAGCCUAAUUUAGUCUCGUCCUUAAUGAACGAGGCCAAACCAGCUCCUUCACUUGAGCUGAGACGACCCGCGUUUCAAAAGAAACCCCCUCCACCAUCUCCAGGUGCUAAUAAACCCCCUCUUCCAGCCCCCCUGAAGGAAGCUAAAGCCCUGAAGGAAGCUAAACCCCUGAAGGAAGCUAAACCCAGCACUGCAAAUCAUCCUGCUGCAGGAGCCAAGCCCGUGGCCUCUUUUGGUGGCAUGAGGGCAACCAAACAGUCUGACAAUGAGGACAAAGAAUGGUUUGCUGGAGACUGCAACAGAAAGACAGCUGAGGACCUCUUACAGAGUGUCAACAAGGACGGUGCCUUCCUCAUCCGACACAGCUCGGCCCAGAACGCCCGGCAGCCGUACACCCUCGCUGUGCUCUACCAGCAGAAGGUGUACAACAUUCCCAUCCGCUUCCUGGAUGAGACACGAGGCUACGCCCUCGGAAAGGAGGGCAAGAGGAACGAAGAGGCAUUCCCCACUCUCGACGAAAUGAUUUCUCACCACAGAAACAACCAACUGCUUCUGAUUGACAGCAAGAGUCAGGCCAAGCACACGGCGAUUUUAACCUACCCUGCACGCCCUUAAAACCACUACAUCCUCCUGUGUUGUGUUCGUGUGAAGAUAAAUGCACAGUGUGAAAGUUUCCAACUUGGAAAUGACAUAAGCUCAUUGUGUGUCAGUCAUAAAAGUAAAAUUACAACUCUGAGAAAUCAGUCGUGCAGCUGAAGUAGACAAUGCACUGAAACAUUAGGGGAGAUGCUGUAACGCACGACCCUCAGCUUCCACAUGACCUGAGCAUUAUCCAACAACAUGAAGCUCAAACAUUAUCAAGUUGCCAACUGUGAUUUUUUGUCUGUUUUGCACCAUGACUCAUCAUUUAAGCAACAAUUGCACAAAGUUAGCAGUUGAUUAGUGCGAAGGAAAGUGAGUCACUGUUUAACUGUAACAAUGGUUCAGUCAGAGGAUGAUAACCGUCAUAGAAACAGUAUAUUUCUGCAUGUUACACAUAAAUGUUGCAGUUACAAUCUUCACCACUGCUUUGAGCCUCUUACUCAUUUCCAUGUUAUGAACCAUUGAGAUAAACUCUUGUACGAAUCAGUUAUUUUAUUGUAAUCCUGUUUGGCGUGUAUAUUUUCCCUAUGAUCUUUAAUACACUGUAUAUCCCAUGUGUCUUUUUGGUGGUAUAAUGUAGAUGUUAUGCAACAUAUAUAUUUAUUAUUCUAGCAUUGUUUUUCCAUAUUUACUGUUGUUGACCAGUAAAAGUUAAUGAACCUGGGGAAAAAAAGACCCAGACUGUAUAUUUGGGGUUUCAUUUAAAGGGUUAAGUUUUGGUGCUUGAUUAUGUGUCCUAUGAAUAAACACCAUC